AUCCUCAACUUCGCAACCUCCGUCGACAUCGCUAACCCACAGCACCUCCAAGAUGAAGUACAUCCACUCCGAGGAACUGCUCGAGAUCCCCGAGGGGGUCACGGUCUCCAUCAAGACCAGGAACGUUGUCGUUGAGGGUCCCCGUGGCAAGCUCGAGAAGUCUCUCGCCCACUUGGCUGUCUCGUUCACCCACCCCAAGAAGAACCUCAUCAAGAUCGAGCUCCACCACGGCUCGCGCAAGAGCGUCGCUACCCUCCGCACCGUCCGCACCCUCAUCAACAACUUGAUCAUCGGCGUCACCAAGGGCUUCAAGUACAAGAUGCGUUACGUCUACGCCCAUUUCCCCAUCAACGUCAACGUUGAGAAGAACGCCGAGACCGAUCAGUUCGAGGUCGAGAUCAGGAACUUCAUUGGCGAGAAGCUUGUUCGCAGGGUGGUCAUGAGGCCCGGUGUGGACGUCGAGGCAUCAAAGAACCAGAAGGAUGAGCUGCAGCUCUCCGGAAACUCCCUCGAGGAUGUUUCCCAGUCAGCUGCCGACAUCCAGCAGAUCUGCAAGGUCCGCAACAAGGAUAUCCGAAAGUUCUUGGAUGGUCUCUACGUCUCGGAGCGUGGCAACAUUGUCGAGGAUGCUUAAGUAGCGAGCGGGAGUACGGCUUGAUUCUUUCACGGGCAUAUGAACGACUACGAGUGUCUUUGCAUCACGGACUGCGGUCGGCGCCUUGGGGGAUAAACUUCAAAACUGAUGUUCAAUAUCAUCACACCGUCAAAAAGACGGAAACCCA